CAAAAAGGUAGUUCGAACUUUUUGUUCGGGGAAAUCGUUUCCUAGUGCAGUGGGGAUCCGAGUUCCUACUUCAUACCCUAGUUAAAACUUAAAAUUGAGGAACAGCAGUGGGUGAGUUGAGUGGGUCUAUUGAAAUCAGUGUGUCAUCAUGAGGAUAGCUCAUCCUCCGGUAGCCGUCGCAUUCGCCGCCACACCGGAAGAAGACGUCUUCGACUCCGUACGAACUGCCGCCGCACAGCUGAAUGUUGGUGGACCAGGUCUCCGCAAAAAGGCAACAGGAGUCAGGCCAUGGCUACUCCUCGAUUCAACCGGUCAGGCUCAAAUUAUCGAAGCCGGCAAGCAUGCUAUCAUGCGCCGCACGGGGCUACCUGCGCGCGAUCUCCGCAUCCUAGACCCGAUCCUAUCAUAUCCCUCUACUGUUCUUGGCAGAGAACGAGCCAUCGUCAUCAAUCUGGAGCAUAUCAAGGCCAUAAUUACGGCACAGGAGGUGCUGUUGCUUAAUUCUAAAGAUCCUUCUGUUACUCCCUUCGUUGACGAACUUCAACGCCGUAUCUUGCGUCAUCAUCAGGCUACUUCUCAGGAGGGAUUGGUAGACGGUGAUACUGAGUGGAGACAUUUGUAUGAUCUGGGAGAACCACGUUCAAGAGAAGUUAGCCCACCAAGAGUAUCAUCAAGCAUCCCAGAAAGAGGCCAUGAGGUUAAACCCGAUGGAAAACAUUCUUUUGACAAGAGAGAUGGACCAAAGCUUCUUCCAUUUGAGUUCAUUGCACUUGAGGCAUGUCUGGAGGCAGCUUGCAGUUCCUUGGAUAAUGAGGCAAGAACAUUGGAGCAAGAAGCACAUCCAGCACUGGAUAAGUUGACUGGAAAGAUUAGUACUCUGAAUCUGGAACGUGUCCGCCAAAUCAAAAGCCGAUUGGUUGCUAUUACAGGACGUGUUCAAAAGGUCAGGGAUGAAUUAGAGCAUUUACUAGAUGAUGAUGAAGACAUGGCUGAAAUGUAUCUAAACCGAAAAGCUAGAGCAACAGCUUGAUGAUGCUUCUUCUUCCACUUUCGUUAACGAUGAAGAUGUGGAUGAAGAGAUUCUUCAAACAGAAAUUGAUGACAGAGUUCCUGGUGAGGAAUCAAUCGAUCAGCAGCCUGAACAACUUUAUCGAGCCAAUACACUUGGGAGAGAAAGCCGUGGGACCCGCACCAGUACAACACGAAGUGGUCAUAGCAAACAUCUUGAUGUUGAAGAACUUGAAAUGCUUUUGGAGGCUUACUUUGUUCAGAUUGAUGGCACACUCAAUAAACUAUCCACAUUGAGGGAGUAUGUGGAUGACACGGAAGACUAUAUCAACAUAAUGCUGGAUGACAAACAGAAUCAUCUUCUCCAAAUGGGUGUGAUGUUGACGACAGCAACGCUGGUGGUGGGUACAUUUGUGGUGGUGGCGGGAGUUUUUGGAAUGAAUAUUCAUAUUGAGCUUUUCAACGCUGACACUGGCGCAGAAAAGGAAGUUGGAAUGCGUAAAUUUUUAUGGACAGUUGGUGGUGGGACAACUGGCAGUAUCUUCUUAUAUGUUGUCGCCAUUGCUUGGUGCAAGAGCAAAAGGCUUCUAGAGUGAUCACACGUGUCUGUGUUUGUGUCUCCCAAUAAUAAUAAAUCAGUUACC